UCCAACAUGGUUGGAACUUGACUUGAGUAUCUACCGUUGGAAUUUAGCCACCAUGAAGCUGGGGAUAUUUACCAUUUUGCUGCUCUCCUCUUGGAUUUCUUUAGCCGUGUGUAAUUUUACUAUCAACGAUACGUCAACGGGAGUAGUGGAUAGAGUAUGCCUGGGGUCAAAUACUGGUAUGAGCUCACGAGGGUCAGCGUCUUACCGUUAUGGUGCUUACAAGACCCGUUACACGAACUGCACCUAUGUUGAUGGUAACCUCGAGAUCGUGUUCCUGGACGAAGAAAACCAGGAUUAUGACCUUAGCUUUCUGUCAAACAUUAGAGAGGUUACGGGCUACGUUAUGCUGGUAUCCGUCUUUGCGCAGUACAUUCCCUUGGUCAAUUUGCGGAUCAUUCGCGGCAGGACAUUGUUCAAAUCUAAUGGGGAAUACUACAGUUUGUACAUAGCACUUAACGUCCAGCCAGGCUCAAAUAAAUAUGGGUUGAUGGAGCUACAGUUCAAGUCGCUGUAUGAAAUUCUCGAUGGCAAAGUGUUUUUCCAUAACAAUAACCUCCUGUGUUAUGAGAACACCAUUGUGUGGAGUGACAUCAACCCGUCCGUCACGCCCCCUGUCCAGUUCAGCCUUGACAGCAAAUUCCAUCAGCGAACUUGUGGUGAAUGCCAUCCGUCAUGUUUCCAGAACUCAACUGGCAGAAGACAUUGUUGGGGAAGUGGUCCAGAUAUGUGUCAGAAAUUGACCCGCGGUGAUGUGUGUAACCCGUCUUGUGAUGGCCGCUGUUUUGGUCCUCUGUCAGGCCAGUGUUGUCAUCCGAAUUGUGCAGGAGGCUGUACUGGAGCCAAAAAGACAGACUGCUGGGCAUGUCGAAAUUUCCAAAACGAUGGAGAGUGCGUGCCAUUCUGCCCUCAGCAAGAAAUCUACGAUGAAAAGGACUUCCUCUGGAAACCAAAUCCCAAUGCUAAAUAUGCAUACGGGUCAUUAUGCGUGAAAGAAUGUCCAAAACAUUUGGUGAAGGACAGAGAAGGAUGUGUGAAAUCCUGCCGUCCUGAAAAACAUCCUGUGAACGGAACGUGUGUGCCGUGCAAAGGGCCGUGUCCAAAAGUGUGCAAGGGGAAUGAUGCCAACAAUUUCGUGGGAGCACGGUCACUCAAGAAUUUCACAGGGUGCACAGUUAUCAAUGGCAACCUAAGAAUCUUGGCAGCCACAUUUAUAGGUGAUCCACUUUUGGACCCAACCCCUGUCAAACCAUCAGAGCUGGAAGUUUUCUCAGAUGUCAAAGAGGUGACAGGCUAUGUAAUGAUCCAGUCGGAUCAUCCGGAGUUCACCAAUCUUUCCUUCCUGCGGAACUUAGAAACUAUCGGUGGCAGGGACGUCGACACUGUGGGAAACUCUCUGAGCAUCAUGAUGACACCGCUUCAGUCUUUGGAUCUGGUCAAACUGAAGUCUAUCCUCACGGGAAAGGUGUUCAUCAACAGCAACAAAGACCUGUGCUACGCGUAUACGAUCGACUUCAAGAAGCUUUUCUCUAAGCCAGUCUACAGGCAGUCAGCUACAGUGUCAUAUAAUAAAGACCCCAACAUGUGCAAACAGGAGAAUCUGAUUUGUGAUCCGCAAUGCAGUGAGGAUGGUUGCUGGGGGCGGGGCCCAGAGAAAUGUCUCAGUUGCCGUAGUUACCAUGUAGAAAACACGCCUAUGUGUGUCAGUUCAUGUCAGGAUCUUCCGAAACUUUUUGAUGGUGGAAAGAACGUCUGUAAAAAAUGUCAUGAUCAGUGCUUGAGUACUUGCAAUGGACCAUCUGCGGAGCACUGUGCCAAGUGUCUAAAUGUGCGCGAUGGGCCGUACUGCGUUGAGGAAUGUCCGCCCCACAAGUACCCAGACGAAAAUAACGUCUGUCAACCUUGUCAUCCAAAUUGUCUGGACGGGUGCUCAGGUAACUCAAGCUUAGUCUAUAACGGUGGAUGCUUCAACUGUGAGAUUGGAAUCAUGCGAAUGAUAGACUCGGAGCGUAUCCCAGAAUGCCUACCGAAGGAUUCAGAGUGCCAGGAAGGGUAUUUUAUGUCACAGGUUCCUAUGAGAGAUCCAUCCGAGAUGCGAGGAAAACAUCUAUGUGAGCCGUGUCAUGAGGAAUGCACAACUUGUCUUGGACCUGGUGCGGGAUUUUGUACAGAGUGUAAAAACUUCAAGUUUGACCAGCGCUGUGUGAAGAGUUGUCUGGCCUUGACAUACGCGAAAGAGAACAAGGAAUGUGACCAGUGUCACGAUGAGUGUCUGAACGGAUGUGAUGGGCCAGACACCACCAACUGUGAAAAAUGUCGAAAGUUAAAAGUCUACCUCAAUGAAUCCUCAGGAGAGUUCAACUGUACCCAGACCUGCCCAGACGAUAUGCCGUAUCAGGUGACAACAAAAAAUGAACAGCAGCGAAUUCAGGAGGUGCUUUGUGUAGGAGAUACUCACCCAAUUGUCAUGGCCAUGAGGAAGAAAAACGAAGAAGAGGACCAGAAAAACUUGAUCAUAAUUUUAUGCACGAGCAUCUUUGGAUUCCUCGUGCUGAUUGGAGCUUUGCUCAUGGUGGCACGAUGGUAUAAACAGCGUGCCCGAGCCAAGGAGACUGUACGGCUUACCGCCAGGAUGACCGGAUUUGACGAUGUUGAGCCGAUGACCCCGACAGAAGCAAAGCCAGAUCUUGCUCAGCUGAGACUGAUCAAAGAGUCGGAACUGCGCAAAGGGAGCAUUAUUGGUUCAGGGGCAUUUGGAACUGUCUAUAAGGGCAUUUGGAAUCCAGAUGGUGAACAUGUGAAAAUACCUGUGGCCAUUAAAGUCCUACAGGAAGGGACAUCGCCUGAUCAGAACAAAGAACUUUUGGAAGAAGCGCGCGUUAUGGCAUCUGUGGAGAACCGCUAUUGCAUCCGCAUUCUGGCGGUGUGCAUGACGGCUCAGAUGAUGUUGAUCACACAACUGAUGCCGCUCGGAAACCUUCUGGAUUAUGUGCGGAAAAACAAGGACCAUAUCAGCUCUAAAGUUCUGCUCAACUGGUGCACACAGAUCGCAAAGGGAAUGAUGUACCUGGAGGAGAGAGGUAUUGUACACAGAGAUCUAGCUGCCAGGAAUGUACUGGUUCAAGCACCAGGUCAUGUACGGAUCACUGACUUUGGUCUGGCAAAGUUACUUGACUUUGAGGAGGCUGAGUAUCACGCUGCUGGAGGAAAGAUGCCAAUAAAAUGGCUUGCUUUAGAGUGUAUUCAGCACAGAGUCUUUACCCAUAAAAGUGACUGCUGGAGCUAUGGCGUGACCGUGUGGGAAUUGUUUACGUAUGGACAGCGUCCGUAUGAUACGAUUCGUGCGCGUGACGUCCCUGACCUUCUGGAGAAAGGGGAGAGGCUUCCACAGCCAUCUAUUUGCACCAUCGAUGUCUAUAUGAUUAUGAUCAAGUGCUGGAUGUUAGAUGCAGACAGCAGGCCGUCCUUCAAAGAACUAGCUGAGGAAUUUUCAAAAAUGGCACGGGACCCAGGCCGUUAUCUGGUCAUACCGGGCGAAGGACUCCAGAAACUUCCCGAGGACGUCAAUGAUAUUGAACUCAUGACCUUUGAUAGGUCAACUCGUUCUCCCGUGAUUUCAUUCCUGGACGAGGGUGACAAACUGAUGCGCCUACCCAGUCACACAUAUGACAGAAAUGACAUGAUUCGAAAUUUAAGCGUUGCCAUCGACGACCCAGAUUUAAUAAUGGAUGCUGAAGAAUAUCUCAAACCUCAGGCCAUGAGAGAGUCGCACGCCAACAAUUCCCUGACAAAGCCGCUGUAUCGACCAGAAGAGGACGAUCUUCCAGUUUGGGAGGAUGACGGAGGAGCCGCAAACUCCAUAGUGAAGGAUGAGAACCAACCGCGGCGAGAGAAGCGGUACGGCCACCUGGAGCAGGCAUCGCGGCGGCGACAGUCGCCGAACAGAGGACGUGGCGACAGUGCCAACUCGCGCUACAGCUCAGAUCCCAUGAAGAUGCUGAACUUCAGCAAAGAUUGUACAGAUGGCCUGACACCCCCAUUGAGCCCCAAUGGCCUAAACUCCCCACCAGUGCCCCCGCUUCCCAUCGAUGAAGAUGAUUACCUGCAACCCAAGUCCUCAAACCCUGCAGCUUACAUGGAUCUUAUUGACUCUAAAGAAUACUACAACCAGUUAGAAAAAGGUCUGUUGCCGAAAGUGGAAGAUAAAUUUAUCCAGAGUGUGGUGUCCAACACUGUGGACAACCCCGAGUACUUCGAUCAAGAUGAUGCGUUCGAAACUGACCCCCUAAACGGGAGCGCUCGUUUAUCACCGCCCCUCAAUCAUGACUAUUACAAUUACGGUAAAAUGCAAAAAGAGAAGCAGCCACUGAUGUUAAAUCACAGUUCCGAAUCAACUGUUUAAUAUUUACUCUUCAGUUACCGUAGUAACUUGUUUCCUGGAUGGUGAUUGGUCAAAAAGGUGAGAUGUGAUAAAUGUGAUUGGCCGGGAUAACGACAAACACAGGAAUAUAGUGAUAUAUUUUUUAUCGAUGAUGAAAGUGUUGUCGUUCGCCCUCUUUGAAGGGAGUAAAUACGUGUAGGGUCUUGAACUCAAUUUCAGUGUGGCUGUUGAUAUAGAAUUCACUUAAAAAGUGGCGGGAAAAAUAGACAGCUUAGACAUGCGGCGAAUACGGAUUUUGUGCGUCUGAUUUGUUCACAGACUUAGUUCGUGAAGCCAAGAAAUCUCACAGUAGAAGAGGAGCAAUAUUUUAGCCAGAUUUAUUCCUUUAACAAAGUCUGGUUGUCGCAACCACCACAUUGAACACAGAAUUCGUCACCAAUUCGUUUGUCAAGAACAAACGACUCGUAAAAUGACAAUAGUUUGACAUGUGAAAAUGAAAUGUCGGUCACCUAAUGAUCAAGUUUGUACAUAUUUUAUGUAAAGAUGAAAUGUUUUCUGUAGAAAGGUUGACAGUAAUCAAAUCUUCAUUUCUACGAGUAGAGCUGAUGAAUUAUCCAUCCAAGUUUCCGGUGUAUUUUACGUAUAUCAGGCCAGUUUGUACAGAAGCGAUUUCUCACGCAAACGCAGACGCAGUGUCUGGCUGCGCCAUUGUGGAACCCUGUUCAGUGAGAACAGUACUGAGUGUUGUUUGGCUAUACCUAAACUUCAGAACAAAAAAUGCUUGGCUACAUCAGUAUGCAUCCUUGUUUUGUCUCACCAGGAGAGAGCUUUGUUUGGUUAUAAGCAUAUGUACCAAAAUUUUACAAAACAUAGUACUUGGCUACACCAGCACUAAGCCUGGUUUGGUUACACAAGUUCUGAGCGUUGUUUGGUUACAUCAGUACCGAGCCUUCCAUGGUUACACCAGUACAGGGCCUAGCUUGGUUACACCAGGACUAUAAGCCUAUCUUGGUUACACCAGUACUAUAAGCCUUGCUUGGUUACACCAGUACCCAGCCCAACUUGGUGAAACCAGUAUUGAGCCUUGUUUGGGUACACCAUUAGUGAGCCAUCAGUUGUUUCAUUACACCAGUAUUGAGCCUUUACUUGGUUACACCAGUACUAAUCCUUGCUUGGUUACACCAGUGCUGAGCCUUGUUUGGUUACACCAGUGCUGAACCUUGUUUGGUUGCACCAGUGCUGAGCUUUGUUUGGUUACACCAGUAUUGAGCCUUUGCUUGGUUACACCAGUACUAAUCCUUGCUUGGUUACAUCAGUGCUGAGCCUUGUUUGGUUACACCAGUGCUGAACCUUGUUUGGUUGCACCAGUGCUGAGCUUUGUUUGGUUACACCAGUGCUGAGCCUUGUUUGGUUGCACCAGUACUAAGCCUUGCUUGGUUACACCAGUGCUGAGCGUUGCUUGGUUACAUCUGUGCUGAGCCAUUCUUGGUUAGACCAGUACUGAGCCUUGUUUGGUUACACCUGUGCCGAGCCUUGUUUGGUUUACACCAGUGCUGGGCCUUGCGUGGUUACACCAGUGCUGGGCCUUGCUUGGUAACACCAGUGCUGAGCCUUGUUUGGUUACACCAGUGCUGA